AUUUUGAAGAAGAUAAUUAAUGAAAAAGCAGCAACGCUUGAAUGAAGAGAAAGAAAAACUCGUGAGAGAGAUUGACGACGAGUGCGAAUUUGCAGGAAGGAAAUCGAAAGGACCUUAUAACAGGAAUUCCCAUAAAAAGACAGAAAAUAAGUAAGAAAGCUGUAUCGUCUUCCAAUGAUAUUGCUGCUUUUCGUUCUAUGUAUACUGUCAAUCAUCCGAUGCGGAGAGCCCUUUCGUCAAUGGAUUAUGAACCGCCAAAACUGCAAAGCUUUAGAAUCAUGUUCUCAUUCUCUCGGUUGGGUGGGCGACAGAAUAUAUCUCUUUACUUAUCAAGAGAGAAAGCCCGGAUGAGUUGCACUUGUGUUCGUUCGGCCAUUGGUUCAAACCUCUCUGUGGUUUUGUUCCCGAUAAAAACUGGUGAUUGGGGCAGCCGGUGUAAAUUUCUCAAAUUUGCUCUGAACCAUUUUCGGAUGUCGUCCGGAGCCAGCGUUUACGUUUUUUGUGCUAGCUCUCUACUUGUGAAGUAUCGGUAGCGUUUAAAGACUCGCCUUUUUGCCGUCCAACUGUUUGAGUUUUUGACUGACUGAAAUGAUUAGCAAAUAGGAGGGUGCAAUCGGCAGUGGAACAGAAGGUGUCAUGGGAGGCGUGAAAGGGGUGGAUCAGAAGGUGGCUAGCAAUGAGGUCUCGGUGCCAAUUUUGGAUUUCGAAUUGGAAGAAACUUCAAGGAGAGACCAGCAAAGUAGGGAGCCAAAAGGUUUGACAAUUUUAGAAUCAGGGUCUCCCUCAUUCUCCAAAAAUAGCGCGAUGGAUUCUCCUACUUUGGGGAUACCGGAGCUUGAAAGUCACAAACCCAGAGCCCAAGUAUCCACAGUUGCAAGCUCUUCUUCUUCUCCAGAGAUAACCAGGCCAGUUCCCAGCCCAAACAAGCCUCCAAUGAUCCCAGAGAAACCCAUUCUUCAGCGAAGGUCACUUACAAGGUCUGCAUACUCGAAGCCUAAGUCACGAUUAGUGGAACCAUUUUAUCCCAAUGGUUUGCAUUUGUUUGAUGAACGCAACCAAGUGGUGCAUUCAGGCUCAUCUUAUUGGAAUUUGCUUCACACGGCAUCAUCCAUCAGCAAAGCCAACGUCAGUACUCAUAAAAGUGCAAGGACGGCCCCAAUUACUCCAAAAACACCGCUAAUGGCUACUCCUGGAGGAGAAGAAGAUGGCGAUGAAGAUGUCUAUAAGGCUACAAAUCAUGAAUAUAAAUCUGGUAAGAAACUGAGUGCCGUGGUUAUAGUUGAGUGGAUUAUAUUUAUCUGCAUAAUGGGGUUUUUAAUUGCUAGUUUAACCAUCCACAACUGGAAACAUCAUACUUUUUGGGGCUUGGAGUUCUGGAAAUGGUGUGUGCUGGUGUUGGUAAUUUUCUGUGGUCGAUUAUUUACUGGAUGGCUUACUGAUGUUUUAGUUUUCUUGAUUGAAAGGAACUUUCUGCUUAAGAAGAAGGUUCUAUAUUUUGUUCACGGUUUGAAAAACAGUGUCCGGGUAUUCUUGUGGUUGAGUUUAGUCCUUUUGGCUUGGACCCUGUUGAUUAAUCGAGGGGUGAGACGAUCAAGGAAGACCACCAGGAUUCUAAAUUAUAUAACGAGAGCUCUAGCAUCCAGUCUUUUAGGGGCAGGUAUAUGGAUGGUGAAGACUUUACUGAUAAAGAUAUUAGCUUCCACUUUUCAUGUUAAGAGAUUCUUUGACAGGAUUCAAGAAUCUUUAUUCCAUCAAUAUGUUCUUCAGACUCUUUCUGGGCCUGCGCUGAUGGCACGUGAGGAAACUUUUGGCAGUACAAGUAGUGGUGGUCAAUUAAAUUUGAGAAGUACGAAGAAAGGAACAAAAUUGGAGAAUGAUGAUGUUAUUAACAUAGAGAAGCUUCAUAAGAUGAAAAAAGAGAACAUUUCUGCUUGGACCAUGAGAGGGUUGAUUAAAGUGAUACAGAGUUCAGGGUUGUCAACAAUCUCCAAUGCACUUGAUGAGAGCGCCAAUGAUGAGGCAAUUGGACAAAUAGAUGAGGAGAUUACUAAUGAGUGGGAAGCAAAGGCUGCUGCUUAUCGGAUUUUCGAAAAUGUAGCAAGGCCUGGUAACAAGUAUGUUGAUGAGGAGGACCUCUUACGUUUCAUGAAAAAAGAGGAAGUGGAUAAUGUGCUACCAAUGUUUGCAGGAGCAGAAGAAACUGGAAAAAUCAAGAAAUCAUCUUUAAGGAACUGGGUGGUGAACGUCUACAACGAGCGCAAGUCACUUGCUCAUUCUCUAAGUGAUGCAAAAACAGCUAUUGAAGAACUGAACAGAAUUUUAUCAGGAAUCUUAUUGAUCACUAUCAUCGUUGUGUGGUUACUUCUGAUGGGAUUUAUAACAACCCAUGUUCUUGUCUUCCUUUCAUCCCAGCUUUUACUUGCAGCAUUUAUAUUUGGCAACACCUGUAAGACCAUAUUUGAAGCGCUCAUAUUUGUAUUUGUGAUGCACCCAUUUGACGUUGGUGACCGUUGUGUCAUUGAUGGGGUACAGAUGGUUGUUGAAGAAAUGAACAUCUUGACAACAAUCUUUUUGAGAUAUGACAAUGAAAAGAUAUACUAUCCAAAUUCAGUUUUGGCUACCAAACCAAUCAGCAACUUUUAUCGAAGUCCUGAGAUGUGUGAUUCUGUGGAGUUUGCAGUUGAUGUUUCCACUUCAGUUGAGAGUAUUGUAGCUCUAAAGGCUAAAAUAAAAGGGUACUUGGAGAGCAAGCCUCGACAUUGGCGUCCUAACCACAGCGUGCAAGUUCAGGAGAUUGAGGAUGUUAACAAGAUGAAAUUGUCUCUAUACGUGAAUCAUACCAUAAACUUUCAGAAUUAUUUGGAGAAGAGCACCCGAAGAUCUGAGCUAGUAUUAGAGCUUAAGAAAAUCUUUGAGGAGCUUCAGAUAAAAUAUAAUCUUCUUCCUCAAGAAGUUCACCUCAGGUAUGUUGCAUCUGCCGUUCCAACAGUUGCAAGUGCUCCAAGGUGAUGUUUAUUAUUCUAGCACAAUAGAAAUCCUGCUCUCUGGAAGGUAUGUUCCUUCACUUUGUACCUAAUAUUGAACUUGCAUAACUUCUUGUUUAACGAAUUUUGGAUCCCUGAUAUUAGUAUAUAUAAAGUUGAAACCCAUAAACCAUGGGUUUUUACCCAUUAAGCAAUCAUGCCAUCACGUGCCUCUCUCUCUCUCUCUCUCUCUCAGCAGAAUAUGAGAGUAAACCAGUAAAUUGGUAACACAGUAGUCAACUGCGAACAUUGUGAUCACAGUUAGUUUGUGCAGUAUGGAAUGUGUAAAUAUAGGAUAUUAGUACGGAAUGUGUAAAUUUAGGAUAUCAGUACUCAGGAAAUUUGUUCUCCUCUACUCACUUUUGGAAGCUUGAGCUCCAUCAUCAGACUAGGAGAUUGCAUUCUCAUGCCAAUUGGAUGUAAUCCAUGUAUCUGUAACUGUAUAUGAAAGAGUAGGGAGGCUGUCCAUAGAUAUAUUGUAUUCUGUUUCUGACUGGUUGUUUGCUGAGAAGGAUGGAAGAACUUCCUAUUGCUUCUCUUGCCCUGCUACCCAAAAAAUGUCCAUUUAUGCAAGAGUAACACAAAUUUGGCUGUGGCCUGUGAAUGUGUGUGCAACUUAUCCUUAGUAAUCUAUUGUGGAUAUUAGAUUCUUAACAUUGAAACAACUUUUUUCUUUGUUUUCUCUUCGUAGGAAUGAAUCAAUGAGCUAGCACUCGCACUUCAUCGAUCAUCUCGAAACUUUCUUUUACCAACAGUUGGUACGAUGCUGUAGUCCUUCCUAGUCAUUAGCCAUUCACAAGCACUGUAGACAAUUUGGGAGCUAAUGUUCUGCUUCUGGACGAAGUUUCUAGGGAAAUGAACAAUGCCACACAUUGCUGCAUUACCAAAACUCACACACACCAACUAAAUCGACAUUCUUUUUAUCUUUUGAUAUGCCGAUGUAGCGAAGCAACUGAAAUAAUACAUGUAAGCUAACUAUUUCCUUUGUGUGUAUUGGCUGCACUGCGAAGCCAGAGUUUCAACAUCUUUGUUUGACAUAACUAUCAAACUGUCAGUUUCUCAA